GAAAGAGUUGAAUCGUACAAAUUAGUUGAUGAGAAUUCAUAAAGAGGAAUGGGUGAAAUAUGGGUGUUCCUUGACGUCAAAUGGAUGGACUUCGCAAAAUGGGAGGACUUUGAUUAAUUUUUUAGCCAAUUGUCCUAGAGGAACUAUGUUUGUUGAGUCCAUCGAUGCUUCAAGCUAUUCAAAGGAUGGGCAAAAACUCUUCGAACUACUUGAUAAGUUUGUGGAUGAUGUUGGAGAUGUUAAUGUAGUCCAAAUUAUCACAGAUAGUGCCUCAGCUAAUGUGUUGGCUGUAGGUAAGUUUUUGGAGGCAAAGAGACCGCACCUCUUUUGGACACCAUGUGCAGCUCACUGCGUGGAUUUGAUACUGGAAGAUAUUUUCAAAUUGCCACAUAUGAAGAAGACAUUUGACAGGGCUAUUCGGGUACACGGUUAUAUUUAUAAUUGUCCAGGUGUGUUGAAUAUGAUGAGGAUGUUUACACAGUUAAAGAAUUUGGUUAAGCCUGCAAAGACAAGAUUUGCAACAACCUUUCUCACUCUAUCUAGGAUUCAUCAACAAAAAAACAACUUGAGAAAGAUGUUCACUUCGGAGGAAUGGACAAGCUCCAAAUGGGCAAAGGAGCCAAAGGGAAAACAAGCAACACAGAUUAUGUUGAUGCCAUCAUUUUGGAAUUUGGUUGUCUAUGCUCUAAAGGUCUCAAGUCCACUUGUGCAUGUGCUUAGGUUGGUUGAUUCUGAGAAAAAACCUGCCAUGGGAUACAUUUAUGAGGCUAUGGAUAGGACUAAAGAAAGUAUUGCAAAGUCAUUUAAUGAAAAAGAAGAAAAAUACAAGAACAUCUUUGAAAUCAUUGACAAUAGGUGGAAUAUCCAGUUGCAUCAACCUCUUCAUGCAGCUGGCCGUUUUUUGAAUCCGGAGUUCUUCUAUUGUAAUCCAAGUAUUGAGCAUGAUACUGAAAUCAUGUCAGGGUUGUAUAAGUGUGUGUCAAGGUUGGUUCGAGGCACUGACAUUCAAGAUAAAAUCACUCAAGAAAUGAGUAUUUAUACAAAAUCUGAAGGUCUCUUUGCGAUGCCACUAGCAAUUAGACAGAGAAUGACAAGGGCACCAGCGGAUUGGUGGUCUGCAUAUGGUUCUUCAGCUCCAAAUUUGCAAAAGUUUGCCAUAAAAGUUCUUAGCUUAACCUGUAGUGCAUCUGGUUGUGAAAGAAAUUGGAGUGUAUUUGAGCAUCUCCACAACAAAAAAAGAAAUAGGUUGGAACAACAAUGUCUCAAUGAUUUGGUAUUUAUUAAGUACAAUAGACAAUUGAGACGUCGAUAUGAUAUGCGUGACACACUUGAUCCCAUCACUUUAACAAAUAUUGAUGAAAGCAAUGAGUGGUUGGUUGGGAGGAUGGAUGGAGAAGAGGAUGAAGAUAACGAUAAUGUGUUUGAUGAUGAAAGUUUGACGUGGGGUGAUGUUGCUAGAGCUUUUGGUGUUCGGGAAAGAAAUAAGCGAACUAGAUCAACAACUUCAAAGACACCAUCAGCGUCGAGGGCAAGGCCAAGGGGUUCUAGAUCAUCAAAUGCAUUGAUAGAUGAGGAAGAGGUAGAUUCAGAGGAGACAGAAGAGGAAGAUGUAGAAGGAUACAAAUCCAAUGAUGAAGAAGAAGAUUAUGAAUUGUGUGCUGUUGAUAUUGAGGAUGAUGACGAUUGUUAGAUCCUCAUUGGAUAAAUGGAAGCAAAGACUUUAUGUUUUGUUGGUUUAAUUUGUUGAUGUUUUGAAAUGCAUGCUUAAACUUGAAAUAUUGUUAUUAGUUAACCUUUAGAUCAUGGAUAUUCGCGUUUUAUGUUUUGAAAUGCAUGCUUAUACUCAUUUGUCUAUGUUCAAAUAGCGAUAUUUGUUGGUAUUUAGUUUUUAAAAUGUUCGAUAUUGCAUUUUGUUUAUGUUAUACCAGUUAGUUAUUUGCUUAUAUGUCUCAUAUUAAAUUAUAUUAUUUUAACUUGCCAUGGUGCGCCUUACUUCGAUAAAGCCCGCGCCUCGCCUUGCGCCUUGCGCCUAAGGCCUCAAGAGACCUUGGCGCCUUGGUGCGCUUAUCGUUUUUAAUAACACUGGACAUUGGUAAGGAUAUGGGAUAUGUGUCCGAGCUCAUACCCAAUUUAGACACUCAGAUCCUUUAAUUUGUGACAAUACAUGAAGAAGAAGAAAUUCAUUUUUGUUAGUAAAGCAAUAUUUUUAGCCUCCCACAUAAAUUAGAUAUAGAAAUUUCAUAUUUUUUCUAAAUCAUAUUUAAUUUCUAAUAUAUUUCUACAUAAUUUAAAACAUCUCAUCUGAGAAUAUUAUAUAAUAUGCAAUAUAUAUGUGCAUAUGGCGUGUCCCCGUACCCAUAUCCAAUUUUGGAUAUGUAUCCUAAGAUCCUAAGAUUUAAAUUUAUGAAAGUCUGACGCUUGGAUAUACAUCCAUACCUGACACUCGUACCCGAGUCCAUG